CUCUGACUGACACUCAAUUCUUUUUUUGUUUUUUCAUUCCCAGGCACCUGUGCUCAGCUGUCAGACAGUUCAGAGUGUGACUCUGCUGCCAUUUCUGCCGGGGAACAACAGGCUCUGUGACAAAGGCUCCCUGAAGCUGCCCGGAGGGACACCAAAUGUAGAUGCAGGCGAGGGAUGGAAGAAAGCUAUGAGACAUUUGAAGAGGAGUUAGGGCCAUCAACAGCAGAUCCUCCUCCACAGAAGCCUGUUCGACAGAUCCGCAGACCAGGUGGCCAGGCACACGCACAUAAAUGUACGCUCCGAGGAAAAUCAGAGAGGAUAUGGCUCCAUUUCCACAAAAACCAAGAUCAGAACCCAAGAUAUUACCGAGGGAACCCAGCAUCCCCAGAACAACAUCCUUGCACAAACCCUUGUCCGGCCCAAACUUGACACAUAUUGAAACCCCCUGGGAAAACGUCACCCUCAACCGCUGUCUGUUUGUGGUCAUUUCCAUCCUGGUGCUCACCUCCGGCUUUCAGAGGCUUCAUGAAACUCUGCGCGGUCAGAGGACGGUAGAGGAAGAAGUUGGAGUGAAAGUGAGACGGUCAGGCUCAUUACGACAUAGAGGACAGCCACCCGAACCCGAGACAACUCUUUGGGAAGUCAUGUUUUGGUGGCUGCCAGACCUUGAUGAUGACGAGGAUGAGGAGGAAGAUGAUGACGAUGAUGGACAGCUCAAAAGAGUAAAGUCAAAGAGAGGAGCAUCAGGUUUUAGAAACAAGCCACUGCCAGACAAAACACUCAUGAAGCCAAAAGAAGGGAAAUUAAAGGACAAGAGAGCUAAGAAAGCCAGGAAUGAAGAAAUCAAAGACAAGAAGACAAUAGAUAAAAAGGAGGAACCUGCGAAAACAGCAGAUGAGGAAGAUGAAGAGGAAGAAAAUGGCAAAGCCUGAGAAGACUAAAAAGCUGCAGGAAAAGAAAGACAGGAAAAAGACUCAAAAGGGAUCAGUUCAAUCUUUCUACAGUUCCAAUUGUGUCUUGUCAAAUAAUUAUUUUCUUCUACUCAGACUCAAAAGUAAGGCUUCUAGAUAAAUGACUUCAAUGUCAGUGUGUUGGAUUUUGGUUGCUCUGCUAUACAUGUGAUUUAGUGCAAUGAAGCUUUGAGAUUAUUUAGAAUUCUGACUGCUUUAUUUCAAAUCUUUGAUCCUUUGGAUGCCUUUAUAUUUACAUCUUUAUGAAAUAGCUUAUCAAUCACACCAGCUCAGUUUACUGUCAAUAAAGGAAAAAAACUGUUUA